UAAAGCUUUCCUUCCGAGAGCGAGCGGGGGGCCAAUCUCCCAAGCCCCGAUGGCCGUGGGGUCUCCGAGGGUGCCCCCGGGCGGUGCCUUGGGUCCUGACGCAGAGCUGAACCGGACCCUCUCGCCCGCAGCGCUGUAGCUCUGGGAAGGACCCCAGCCAAGGAGGGGCCGCCUGGAGAGCGGCGCGCGCCCCUGCUGACCUUUCUCCCAGCCCCAGAGCGCGAGCGAGCUGAGCGCCGGCAGGCCUUGGGCAGAGACCCGCGGGAACAGGCGAGCCACUGCGAAGAAGAAAUCGGUGCCUCCUCCCCUGCGGCUCCCGGAGGACCCCCCGCCCCGCAGCUCCCCCUGCGCCAGCUCCCGCGGCCAUGGCCAGCCCCACCAACGCCUCCGCGCCCUACUACAGCUACGAGUACUACCUCGACUACCUGGACCUCAUCCCCGUGGACGAGAAGAAGCUGAAAGUCAAUAAACACUCUGUGGUCAUCGCUUUCUGGGUGGGCCUGGCGGCUUUCGUGCUCCUCCUCUUCCUCAUCCUGCUCUACAUGUCCUGGCCCGGCUCCCCACAGGCGCGCGGCCACGCCCAGCGCCCCACCACCUGCCCCUGGGCCCAGGGCCUCCACCUCCCUUUCUGUAUCCGGAGGCAGCGGCCCCAAGGGACCCCCCAGACCCCGGCCAGCUCCGUCGAGGAAGGGGGCAGCGUUGGAGGAUUGGCUGGUCCCGAGGAGGACCGGCAGGGGUCAGCAAGCCCCGCCUACGUCUCUCCCUCCACAGCCCCCCUCUGGGAGCCGGUCCUGGAUGGGAACCCCCACAGUGUCGGAUGACACCAGGAGAGUGCCCAGCACCCGAGGGGGGGGCGCGACUACCCUGGGCAGACUCAUUUGUUCCAGGGUGAACUGCCAGUGACCUUGAACCCCUGGGACAACCCCCAGUCUGCUGAGAUGGGGCCCAGCCUGGCUGACCCCACAGAGACGCCUUGGAAUGGACACCCGGUUACCACUGGACUUGCAGCUCUGCUGCUUCCAGCAGGGCAGGGAAAUAAACGUCAAUG